UUUUACUAUCGUAGCGACACUAACCAGAGAGUGACGUUGGAGCGGCAACCCACACGCCCAGAGCUAUCUAUUGAAUUGAAUUGAAUUGAACUAUCGUACCGGUGUUGUCUUAUUUUUAUAAUCGCAGUUGCAACAAUUGUGUUUUUUCUUAGCAAAAAAGUAAUUUACAGUGGAAUUGUUACAAUGUUUCAUAGAGUUAUGUUAGGAACGCGCAAUCAUAUCAGCCGAUUAAACAAUGUGCGUUUCUUUUCUUUAGACAGAAACGAGGCCACAAAAAUAGAAAAGUCUGUAAACAGUGUAACUUUAUUAGGAAGAGUUGGGGCAGAUCCACAGAAACGUGGAACCACUGAGCAUCCAGUUGUGAUAUUUUCUCUUGCAACACAUACAAACUAUAAGUAUGAAACAGGUGAUUUCAUGCAAAAAACAGAUUGGCAUAAAGUAUGUGUCUUUAAGCCUAAUCUAAGGGAUGCUGUAUAUAAUUUUUUGAAAAAGGGUCAGCGAGUAAUGGUAAAUGGUAGAAUCAGUUAUAGCGAAUUUAAAGAUGAAGAAGGGAAUUCUCGUCCUAGUACAGCUGUCAUAGCAGAUGAUGUAAUAUUUUUCCAGUAAGACACAUCUGUACUUAUGUGAUCUAUUUUUUCAAUAAAAUUUUAAACUGUUUUUUAACUUA